UGUUCCCAUAAUGUCCGCCAGCGGUCGUCGCUUCUGUCGCAGCCGUUGCCAAAGUUGUCAUUGUCAUCCGUACCAGCAAAAUCAGCAGCAGCAGCAGCAACACUAAGCAACUAGCAGCAACAUUCACAGCAGCAACAUCUAUAGAAGAAGCGGAGCAGCAGCA